GGUUCACAGAGCACUUGUUAUCGUUGAUGAUGAAAUGGGCUUCUUGUUAGCGCACUGGAUUGAGUGGUGCGAUUUGGCGGUGGCAGCACAUGUACAAUGACUCACCACGCCUUCUUUUCUUCUUAACUCACUCCUUCCUUUUCGGCUUCUCCAUACCCUUUCUCCUCUUUUCCUCUCCGGUGGUCGCCGCCGCCGCUGCUGCCCGCUUCCAUCAACCCUGUCCUUCCUUUUUCCCCAAUCCGCUCCACGACUUCUCCGUCCAACAGAUCGUUGAUCACGGCCUCAUCAACGGCUCGAGACCUAUAAGCAACAUGUCUAAAUCUCGAGUCUACGCGGAUGUCAACGUUGUUCGCCCCAGGGAAUACUGGGAUUACGAAGCGCUUACUGUUCAGUGGGGUGAUCAGGAUGACUAUGAGGUUGUUCGGAAAGUUGGAAGGGGAAAAUAUAGUGAAGUUUUUGAAGGGAUAAAUGUGAACAGCAAUGAGAAGUGUGUAAUUAAGAUUCUGAAGCCUGUGAAGAAAAAGAAAAUAAAAAGGGAGAUAAAAAUUCUUCAGAAUCUCUGUGGAGGUCCAAAUGUCAUAAAACUCCUGGAUAUAGUCAGGGAUCAGCACUCAAAAACUCCAAGCUUGAUAUUUGAGUAUGUUAACAGUACAGACUUCAAGGUUUUGUAUCCAACGUUGACAGACUAUGAUAUACGUUAUUACAUAUAUGAGCUUCUCAAGGCAUUGGAUUAUUGUCACUCUCAAGGAAUCAUGCACAGGGAUGUCAAGCCUCAUAAUGUCAUGAUAGACCAUGAGUUGAGAAAACUCCGAUUGAUAGAUUGGGGACUUGCAGAAUUUUACCAUCCUGGGAAAGAGUAUAAUGUUCGUGUAGCUUCAAGAUACUUUAAAGGGCCUGAACUUCUAGUUGAUCUGCAAGACUAUGAUUAUUCUUUGGACAUGUGGAGUCUUGGUUGCAUGUUUGCUGGAAUGAUAUUUCGCAAGGAACCUUUCUUUUAUGGCCAUGACAACCAGGAUCAGCUUGUCAAAAUUGCCAGGGUGCUUGGGACUGAUGAAUUAAAUGCAUAUUUGAACAAAUAUCAGCUAGAGCUUGAACCUCAGCUUGAAGCUCUUGUUGGAAGGCAUAGCAGGAAACCAUGGUCCAAAUUUAUGAAUGCAGAUAAUCAGCAUUUAGUAUCUCCAGAGGCCAUUGACUUUCUGGAUAAACUUCUUCGCUAUGACCAUCAAGAUAGGCUCACAGCAAAAGAAGCAAUGGGUCAUCCGUAUUUCAUGCAAGUGAGGGCUGCAGAGAACAGCAGGAUGCGGACGCAGUAAGCAAAUGUUAUUGGUUUGAUACAACAACUACUACUACUGUGUACCUUGUGUUUGUGUUUAGAUGAAGAAAUAAUAAUAAUGAGACUCUAAUUUGAAUUUAUUUCCUAAUCAAAACCAUGAUAUGAUGAUACUUGAAUAUGCUUGUUAUCAAGUGAGUCUAGCAUGUUUAUUAUGUUCAAAUAAACUGCACUCUUUCUUGGACAUAUCGCACAUUAUUUUUCACCUUGUUAAAGACUGGGAUCUAUCUAU